GUUAGCAACCGCUGUACACAAUUAACACAAUUAAUGUCAACAGGUGCCCGUAAUUAGCGAUGAAUGAAAGAGAUAAGAAAAUGCUGCCUUCGACGAAAUUAAAACGCCAAAAAAGUUCCACUGUGAAAAUCAAAAGCUUGGAGUCCAUAUAUUUGGUCACUAUAUUAAAAGACUGCGUUGAUCAAUUUGCUAUUCUUGGUCACAUCAUGCCCGACACUUUUGAAGGGACCUCGCAAGAAAAACAAAUUAUUGACAAUGUGCUGAAAGAGGCUGUCGAGCAACAGCAAGACAUGGAAGAGAAAUACAAAGCGGCCCUGGCUCAAAAACAGAAAUCAAAGGCAGAGAAAUUCUCCUAUCGUCCCUCACAGGCUGAUAACAACAAGUUCCAUGAAGUGGCCAAAGAACUCGGAAGGAGCACGUUGCAAUUUGCACGAGCUGUGGAGCAGAACCCGUUGACAUCUGACAACAUCGUUAAAAUAAAUGAAGACAGACAGUAUGUCCAGGACAUAAUGGAAAACGUUGUUUCAGAUCUCAGAAAAAAUCGUUCUUUUACAUCCCUCGUCUCAGCUGUUGCUAAAGCUAAGAAAACUAAAAGAGGACUUCAGGAAACCAUUGAAAAAGAACAGAACAGUCAUCAGCGUCUGAAGGAAUUGACGAAGCUUGUGGCGGAGGUUACUGAAGAAAAAGAACGGGAAAUCCAGAAUCGAAAUGAGAUGAUUGCUUAUCUAAAAGACCAAAUCCAAGAAAUGAAGGCAAAAACUGGAAUGGAAAGUAAAUAUGUGAACAAAUGUACCAAACUCAGUGUGGCACAGACACAGAAAAUUUGUCAGAUGGCUGAGCAACAUAUCAGGAAAGAUAUCGAUAAUGUUGAAAUUCAGCUUGACUUAGAAACCAGAGUGAAUGCAGAAAUUGUUCAAUACCUUGGAAAACUACAAAUGCGUCUGGAUGAAAAAUUAGAAUUUUGGAUGGAAAAGCACGAGAAAGAUGUUGAAGACAAACAGAAACAGUUGGAUGAUCUGAAGACCUUGAAAAAUACUGAUUGGAAGAGACUGGUCGACUUAACACGCCAGUAUAAGGAGUAUGAAGAAGUUGUUGUUGAAGACCGCAUCCAAAAGGAAAUUCUAAGAAGGAAAAUGGAAGAAGAAAAACUUUAUAUAAAAGCCUCCAUAAGAGUACAAGCUUGGUGGAGAGGAAUAAUGGUACGUAAAGGUUAUGGAACAUACCGGAAGAAGAAAAAGAAAACUAAAAACACUAAAAAGUCUAAAGGGACCAAAUGAAUUUUAAUUUUACAACACUGGCUGUUAUUUCUAGCAUUCAUUGUGUCUUGAGGGAAGGAGUCAAAACAAGAUAAUUCUCCCAGAAAUGAAGGCUUUUUUUUUGUAGUUUUAAUUAU